CAACGGCAAUUCGCCUGCAGGUCGGGGAGAUCGUUACCCGCCAGGUAGAGCAGAGCUGCCUGUCCCAUGCUCUCCCCCAGUUCCUGCCGCCCCUUUGCAUUCUGGGUAUGACACCUGAAUGGAUAACUGGGCGAGCAUGGACCACCCCCAAACCCCUGUUCAUCUGCAAACUGCUUUGGCAAGCAUUGCAAACACCUCGUGGUUGCCAGAGAGAGGAUGAAUGUUGAAAAAGCCAUAAACACAGAUAUGCUCGAAACCGUUGAUGGGAGAAAUUGGCACAAACUGGCGGCAAUCAGUCCUGUUGACAAAGAGGAACACCAGUUCUGGUCCUGUGAGACAAGCAUAGACUGCUACUGCAUCCUCCUCCGAGGUUCCUUUGGUACAAAAUGCUGCUCUGACGGCUACAGAAGAACACAGUCAUGUCUUGGCACUGAAUUAAACACCGAGCUGGGAACACAGUCCUGGAUGGAGCCUCCUCAGCAGCCGUGGCCACUGAGAAAGACAAUGACUGAAUGGGAAAGCACAGAGAGAAUGACUGACGUGGUAGAAGGAGCUGGUAUUCCUGAUAACAGGCCCUGACCAUCAUUUGGCACCCUCGUGUGCCUGACAGCACAGCAUGAUUAGAAUUGGGAGGAAGAAACUUUGGGCCUCUUUCUUCUGCUUUGCAGCUCUCUUUUUCCUUCUUGUGACACUCCAGGUGGUUCUUGAACUGGGCAAGUCGGAAAGGAAGAUACACGUCUCCAGUUUACAAGAUGGUUCAUUAAAACUGGAGAAGCCGCAGAAACAUGCAUAUCAGUUUUUUAAUAAACAGGAACUCUACAGCGAUACCAGAAGAGUUUUAAAUACGGACAGAUACCCUAUCCUGAUUUGGUGGUCCCCCCUGACUGGCGAGACGGGGAGGUUGGGUCAGUGCGGAAAAAAUGUCUGUUUCUUUACUAUCAAGAGGAGCUACCAGCAUAAUCACAUGACAAAAGCCUUUCUUUUCUAUGGCACUGACUUUAAUAUCGAUAGUUUGCCCCUCCCUCGUAAACGCCAUCACGACUGGGCCCUUUUCCAUGAAGAGUCACCCAAAAACAACUACAAGCUCUUCCACGAACCUACCAUCACUCUGUUCAACCAUACCGCUACCUUCAGUCGCCACUCCCACCUGCCGCUGACUACACAGUACCUAGAGGGCAUAGAGGCCAUAAAGUCUCUGAGCUACAUGGUUCCUUUGGAGAAGAAGAAUAUCUUGAGAAAGAGACUUGCGCCGCUUGUGUAUGUGCAGUCCGAUUGUGACCCUCCUUCAGACCGGGACAGCUAUGUGCGCGAGCUAAUGCGGUACAUCCAGGUGGACUCCUAUGGGGAAUGCUUGCAUAACAGAGACCUCCCUCAGCACCUCCAAAACCCAGCCUCCAUGGACGAUGGUAGCUUUUAUAGCAUACUUGCUCAGUACAAAUUCAUUCUUGCUUUUGAAAAUGCAGUCUGCGAGGAUUACAUCACUGAAAAGCUCUGGAGACCCCUCAAGUUGGGAGUGGUACCGGUGUAUUAUGGGUCCCCCAGCGUUAUGGACUGGCUGCCGAGUAAUAAGAGUGCAAUCUUUGUAACAAGAUUUUCACAUCCCCGGGAGCUGGCGCACUACAUCAAGGCGCUGGAUACAAAUGACCAAGAGUACGAGGCCUACCUGCAAUGGAAACUGGAAGGGGCCAUCUCCAACCAACGACUGCUCGCUGCUCUCCAAGAACGCAAAUGGGGAGUCCAGGACAUCACCCAGGACAAUUAUAUUGAUGUGUUUGAAUGCAUGGUGUGCAACAGGGUGUGGGAAAACAUCAGGAGGCAGGAAAAGGGCCUGUCCCCCAGGAGAUGGAACGCACAGAUUAACCACCUGAGCUGCCCGAAACCUGAGACUUUCUUGUUCUCCUCUCCACACAUACGCUGGGCCUCUCUGCGAGAGAUGUGGAUUCCAAGCUUUGAACAAUCCAAGAAAGAAGCUCGAGCACUGAGAAAGCUAGUGGAAAGGAAUACGAACUUUACAGUGCGGGAAUUUUGGGCACUUGUGUUCAAAGAAUGAACAUGCUAGGUUAUUGCCCACACAGCGAGCUCCCCAAUGCAGCCAGCUGUGUAUUAUACUUUUGACCACUGCCUUAACAUUUGUAGGCCAGUAAGUACAGGAAAGAGUUAAAUUGUCCUGCAAGACAGAAUCUAGUAGGUACAAUACUCAGUGAGUACUGAUAAGCCACAGAAUUACCAGAGCUGUCUUUUAAAAGUACAUAUUUGUAUACUAAUUGUCCUUAGCUUGUUAAUGCCCCUAUUCAGGAAAGUGCUUGAAGCACAAGCCUGAUCUAAAGCAUAUGAGUAGUUCCAGUGAAGCUGAUAGGACCACGUUCACUUACUUAGGAUCAGGAACUUCUGUGCAGAAUCAGGCCCAUCACCUUCUCUGAUCCAAGCCCCCACCUCUCUGGGUUAACAAACAUUCACAGGUCGUGGAACGGUUUAGUCACAUGGCCACAAAGGUCACAGCAGAGUGCCUUUGAGGCAGGUGUAGCGAUCACACAGCUGCUCAGAAUGUCUGUUUAUCAUCAGCCCCGUUGGACUUCGCAGUUUUAACUGAGACUUGACAAACUAACGUAUUCUGAUGCUGAGGAUGUAAAACACAUCAGCAUUGAGCACUGGGAAACCCCCAUCUGCUAGUACCUAGGGACAGAAUGAAUGAAAAAGCGCAGGGUAAGAUUAAACCAUUGUCUGCAAUUUAAAACAUAGGGCCAUAUGAAUUUUUACCCUCAACGGGGGUCACUCCAAACUAAAUAAUUCUGUAGUAAUCUACUUUCUUUCACUUAGGCCACAUCUCCACUUGCUGCACUGGAAAUCGAUUUUCUGGCGUUUGAUUUAAUGGGUCUACUUAAGACCCGCUAACUCAAAUGCUGAGAGCAGCUCCGGUCGGCACCGGUACUUCUGGCAGUCAUGAGGAGUAAGGGAAGCCAAUAAGAGCAUUUGCUCCCAUUGGCCUCCUUCUGUGAAGACGGCGCCAAGCUCUGCAUAAGGUAAACCAACUCCAGCUAUGUCUUUUACAUAGCUGGAGUUGCACACCUUAAUGUGACCUUCUGGGUCUAGCGUAGUCCUGGCCUUAGACAAUUGAUGAAAGAACGGGAUCGGGUGCAGCAAUGAUUACAUUGAGGGUCUGAUCCUGCUACAAAGGCUACGUCUAUACUGCAAUCUUCUUCCGCAAGAAGAAGUGCAUAUGUCGCGCUCGCAUUUGAAUUUCCUUCUCAGAUCCCUUUUCCUCAAGAGGUUUUUGCACAAAAAAAGAGCUGUGUAGAUGGCUCCUUUUUGCGCAACCCCCUCGCCCCUUUUACUUAUUAUUUUUAGCCCUGUGAGCCCAAGGGAGCUGACUCAAGUGCCAAAUUGCUGCCUUGUUUUUUGUUAGCAGUGUAGACACGCAAUCUGCUUUCUCCAACACAUGCUCAUUACCAAGGGUUUUCCCCACAAUAAAUUGCUGCUUUACCUUUUAACAUAAUGCCAACAGUAGUAAAACAUUUGCGCCCUUUCCCUCUCCCUUUUCCUCUAGAAACCGCAAAGAAGGUUAAUGCUGGAACGAUGUACUAAGCAUAAAGGAGGAGAACAAUGGUGCAACUAACUUAGAAACCUUACACCGAAUCAAUGACUAGAAAUUAAUUAAAGAAAUACACAAUAA